AUGGCAGAGGCAGCGGGCGACCGUAUGGAAGUUGAAGCACGGGACCUCGAGUCCCUCGCGUGUAUUGAAGUUCCUGCUGUUGGCCACGCUCCGGUGAUGGUUAUGUGCACCUGGCACGAGGAGUUGGUUGCCAUCGCCGACGCCAUCGCGAAUGGCUCCCUGUUCAAGUGCCGGAAGUGUUAUAACACGGAGCGACACCUUCAAUCCAAGUACAAAAAGGAGGGGAAGGCACACAUUUGGCGGGGUAUGGACACCCAGGCCCGGCGUGCAGAGAUCAAAAAACACAACGGAAGCUCGGAAGGACAAGGCAAGCGGCGUGAGUACACCAUCAAGGAGUCCACGAACGUAACGGACAAAAUGGGGUUCGAGAAGUACGGCCGCGAGACCUGGGGCUGGACCCCACAGGUCGCAUCCGAGAAGUGGACAGAAGCAAUGUCUCCCCCACUGGUCCAGAAGGGUACGGAUGAAGAAGGGUGGCCGACCGUGGCCAAGUUUUCCACCCACUCCCUCACCUCAGGCCGUGAGCUCUCCCACACCAGGGGGAUCACCAGCUCAGGACAGACAGAGGCGCACGCCCACGAACUGCGUAGUGUCGCUCAAGACGUACUAGAGGGUGGUGAACUCCACACGAAGACGGGUGUCUUCGACAACAUGGCACUCCCCACGUUGCCGGGCUUCGCGAGGCUCGCCAUCCAGCCUAGUAAGAAGGCUAGGAGCAAGCCCAAGACCAAGAAGACUGAGAAACCACCGCCACCGCCUUUGCCCAGCCAUAUCAAACCGGAGCCCAGUGAGAGCGACGACGGCAGCAAGGUCCGGAAGUGUUUGCACGAGCUCAAGAUUGCCGAGACCGAACGAAAAUGGGUUGCGGCGAUUGAGGAGCAAGCGCCGGUUACCAGCACCUCCCUCCAAGCAGCUGCUCCACUGCCGGAUCUCGCGCAGCCUUUGUCCUAG